AUGUCAUCCCUCCUGCCUUUCUUCGGGUGGGCUGUUCUCCCCAAUUACGCCACAUCAUUUCUACAAAGUGUCUACUAUGGCAUAACCAUACGCGCCGGUGAACCCAAGCCACUUCCUCAGACUCCGCGGUUCGAGCGUCAUCGUCGCCGUAUCUUCAUCUUCGUGAUCACAAGCUACCUCCUCUACACACUCUACGAGACCUUCUACCAGGUACAGCUUGCAGGCGAUUACUACCAAGCCCUAGGUGUAUCACCAUUUGCCGAUGAACGCGCAAUCAAGUCGCGGUUCCGCCGCCUCGCAGCUCAAUAUCACCCCGAUAAACUCGGACUGGACAAAACAUUGGCGGACCCGGUGAAACGAUUUGCGUAUGACCGAUUCGGGACAGAUAUGCUCGGAUGGGGCGAGCAGAAGACCAUGCGCGACUUCCUGAUGACCUCGUUGGUCAAGUCGAUCGUCCCGCAAUAUAUCGGCGGGUUUGUCACAAUGCUUGUACUGAACUGGCUGUGGUGGCCGAAUUGGGGCCGUUACUGGCGCUUCUACACAUUCGCCGCGAUGCUGACCCUCGAACUCGGCUUGAUUACGCAUCCCCAGGCGGUGUUCAUGCCUACUACAUACCUUCCCGUCGCGCUACAGGCUUGGCUGCCUAAACAAUCAUUCUACCUCCUCCCCUUCCAGAUCCUGACGUUAGCCCGCCGCGCCUCCAUCAUGCUACACAUUUUCAUCUCGCAGGUCGCACCGCCCACCGCUAAAGUUGCUGGGAAUGGGAAUGGCGGCGAUAAGAUAUCCCCGCAGACUGUUCAGCGGAUCGGAGAGUUGAUCCAGUUGACGCGCGGCACGGAUAUGGAAGCGACGCGGGCGCUGCAGAUGGGCCUAGCUCCUUUCCGGGGUGACCGUGAAAGUGUGUCGACGCUCCGACGGGGCAUGAAAGAAGGGCUGAUCCUCGGCGGGGUGCGGUCCAGUCCUGAGGUGCAACGUGCCGUGGCACAAGUGGUUGAACGACGCAAGGCUGACGAUGACAGUAAGCGCGAUUGA